CGUACAGCGAUCGUGUUCGGGAACGCUGCCAGCCCGGUCUUUGUGGCCGCCGACGACACCUAUACACAUCUGGACACAAAACAACAUACACUUCCCCCCAUCAUAUUGGCAUAAAUUUAGUGUCAGGCCAGGAAAAUGUCGGGGGAUGUGCAGCCGCGAAAGCGCAAGGAUAAGCGGAGAAAACGCGAUGAUCGAAAAUCUGACGGCGAUGUGACUGUUCUGCGUCAGUCCAGCUUCCAAGAUGACGACGAGUCUUCCCAUGGCGUCCACAUUACGAAGAUGGGAAAUGAUGAUGUACACUUGCACGUGCAUCACGAGCACGACACCGGUGGCAAUUGGUGUGCCAAGAUCAUAUUCUUCUCUCUGAUGGCAGUUCUCUUGGGCCUCGUAGGCCUAAUCAUCUUGGAGAAUCGUGGCCUUGAAGAUAUGGACACUCCGUUAUCUGAGUCGCGCUUCUCAAACUAUUUUAAUGGUUUGGUCGACGAGCAUCGAGGGGAGCAUGAUGUCCAUGACGUACACAAACCUUCUGGAGAGGCUUUGGAUGAGCAUGAUGAUCAUGACGAUCAGGAUGAAGAAGAAGAACCCCUUUCGGAGGAAAUAGAAGAGGAUGAUGAUCAUGAUCAUGACGAUCACGAAGAAGAAGAAGAACCUAUUUCGGAGGAAAUAGAAGAAGAAGACACAGAGCAAGAGCAAGAAGAAGAUGAAGAAGAGGUGGAGCAGGAGGAGCAGGAGCAGGAGCAGGAAGAAGACGACGACGAGGAGGAUAACAAUGCUGGCGAAAACAUCACCGCCGAAGAUCCAGAAGAUGACGCUGAAGACGAAGACAAUGUUGAAGAGGCCACUGUUGAAGCUACCACAGAGGCCACCGCAGAAGCCACCACUGAGUACGAUGUAGAGGAACCCGAAGAAGACGAACCCGAGGACGAUGCCGAAGAUGAAGUGGCAGAAUCGCAGGAGCCAGCUUCUUCUACAGCCAAAUUGGAUGAGGAAGAUGAGGAGGACAACGAUGAGGCUGACGAGGAGGAGAUCGAAGAGCCUGUUCAAUCGAAAGCACAAAGGGUCCCUGCCACAACUAAAUAUGUCAAAGUUGAUAAAUAUGAUGAGGACAAAUACGAUGAUGACGACUUUGAGUCCCUCGAUGAGGAACCCGAAGAUCUGGUGCGGCGAGUGAGAAGACCCGACCUUGACGAAAGCGAGGAGCAGAAACAAGACGAUGAUGAGGAAGAACCGAAAGAGGGCUCUUCCUGGUUAGCAUCGCUUGCCGUUAAAUUUGGCGUUGGCGUUGCACUUGCCUUAGUUUCACGUCUUGUAUUGAUCAGGAAAAGUCCGAAUACAACCGAAGACGAGCCGCCCCCACCGGAGGCGAUCAUGAGGCGCCGCCUGACGAUUGCCACGGACGAGGAUCAGAUACCAGACGAUCUGGAGGAGAUUCCGCUGCUGGACGAUGAAUAUUCCGAGGAGGAAAUCGAAAUCGAGGAAGAAAUCGAAGUGGAGAUCAGCGACAUCGAAGAAGAGGAUGCCGGUGAUGGUGAUGUGGCAUUGUCGGCCAGCUAUGUGCCCGAGACCUUUGAGCAGAUGAGCUCUAUGUACAAGUCAUCGCCAGAACCAUCAGAUGAAAGGAAGAACAAGGAGCCAGAGGAGACAAACGAACCAAUAAAGCCUUCGGGCUUCAGUGAUCUUUAUGUGGAAUACGAGGACGGGGCUAUUGAGGAUUACGAACACGAUGGAGAGACAGACGAGGAGGACGAGAUAUCCGAUGAGGAAGAGGACGAGAUAUCCGACGUGGAUGAUGCCGAUCUAAUGAGCAGACUGGAGGCCAAGUACGGCCGUCUGCCGGUUAAGGAGUACGAAAGCGAUCCGGACUCCGACGAUCCAACCUGGACACAAAUCAAACCCAAGGAUCCUACCACAGAUGCUCCGGCUUCGGUUCCGGUUCCGGCCGCAGAUGAUUCGUUUCAACAGGAGCUGCGUCAGGCCAAUGCCGAAAUGAUCCGGGAGAACUAUGCCCAAGCCCUGCGCUCGUUUAACACGCUCAUACAAUACUAUGCCGACGAGCCCUUGGCCCAUCUGGCCCGUGCCCACUUUUUGGAGCGCCUGGCAGAGAGGGAGCGCAGCAACCAGCGACUGUUGGAGGCCAUUGAUUCCUACAAACGAUAUCUGGCCUUUGGCGAGCUGGUGGCCAGCGAUGGAGAGUUUCUUUCUGCUGGAGAACGCUGCAUCGAGCAUUUGCGAUUCAUGGGUUAUCAUCACCAAACAGUGGCCAUUCACGAGCUGCUCAUCGAGCGUUUGCCUGCUGAUCCGCGACUGCGCAAUCAACUCUCUUUCACCCACCUAACGGCCAAUAACAUGCGCCAGGUGAAGUUUGUGGCAGCUGAAACCUUGAAGCUCUGGCCAGCAGAUCCAGUGGCACAGCUCCACUUCGGCCUGGCCCUCAAGCAGCUCCAUGGAGACUACGUUCAGGCGCUGUCCUACUUGCAGAAUGCCAUAGAGUCAAAGGCAGAUGGCACACAGGAGGCUUACUUCUACCUCGCCCUGGGAGAAACGCUCCAACGUUUGUCCAGACAGCCAGAGGCUGUGGAAGUGCACAGACAGGGCGUGGCUAGGGGAUUCUUCGUCAGCGUCUAUCAGAGAUCGCUGUACAAUGAGCCCAAGCUGAGAGCUCAACCCUUUUGGCAACCCUCGGAGACGGGCUACAACUCGCAGUUAAGGAAACUACAGCACAACUGGAUAUCCAUCCGUGAGGAGGCCUUGGCCCUCCUCAGCCAUCGCGGCUACUUCGAAGAUGAAACGGAGAAUCUGCGCCACAUGGGCAUCUGGCAGCAGUUCGAGCUCUUCGCGAAGGGGCAGCUUAUUAGGAAGAACUGCCAACGGGCUCCCAUCACCUGUAGUCUGCUGAAAGAGUUCCCCGAAUCCAGCGGCUGUCGACGGGGACAGGUGAAGUUCAGUGUGAUGCAGGCAGAGACGCAUGUGUGGCCGCAUUGUGGUCCCACCAAUUGCCGCUUGAGAGCGCAUCUCACGCUGGUGGCUCCAGAGCCAGAGCGAACCUCACUUCGAGUGGCAGAGCAGGAAAGAACCUGGCGCGAAGGCGAACUAAUCAUCUUUGAUGACAGCUUCGAGCACGAGGUCUGGCACAAUGGCACUCGCCCUCGGCUGGUCCUCAUCCUGGACAUGUGGCAUCCAGAUCUAACUGUCUCACAGCGUCGCAGUCUGACAGCUAUCUGAGAUCAAUAUCGAGCGUCUUAUUAGAUUUACAAAUGGUUACGGUUCCUAGGCUUCCCGUAUAGACAAUUUCCGCCCCUUUUGUUCAUUGUUAGUUGAAUUCAUUCACUAGUUAUAGAGUCAUUACACUCAAGUACUAAAGUAAUUGUACCUCUUAAUUGUUAAGCUCAGUUGAAUGCGUGUUUAGGCCAUAGGAAAAUGCACUCUUGAUACAUAUGUAUUUUACAUACGAUCUGCUUUGGUGGGCAGCGACUGUUUGCCUUUUGUACUUUAAAUACAGAAUCAAUACAAUGUUUUUUAAGAUUUGAAAA